AUGGCUCUACCUCCCAUGCCCACCCUGAGAUCGCCUGGUGCACGAGCACGCUCCCUGAUGGCUCACAAGAGCAUCAUAUCCAAGGAGUUGCCAGGUCAGGGCUCCUCAGCGCCACUCCGCCCGAGACAGCUACCCCCUCUUGCACUCGCACCAGAGAAACCCCGGUCCUCAUCUCCUAUCAGGGCAAAGUCCCAACUAGCCGCAGCCUCGGCACUUUCCAAUCACCCUCCAUUGGGGAAUCCCGGCAAUCCCAGGCCCCUGAACUCCGGGACCACAUCGAGAGCCUUUUAA